ACAGUAGACCAACACACAAGUGUCAAAAUGAUAAGAGUUAAGAAGAUUAUUUUGUGAUUUUUGUGAAUAUCAAAAGAAAUGAAUUCCAAAUAUUUGCUACGGGUAAAUCAGUUGGAUGCUGUUCAGCUAGAUGAUGGCAUACAGAAAGUCUUCACUGACAGUUUAUCCAAAAUCCUGGAUGCCUCUCCUAAGAUUCUCACAAAAUAUCAUCCUGAGCUUGAGCUCCUACUUCGAUCCCUGCUCUGGCGAUAUUCAGUUUACAGGGAACGAGCGUCUUUUGGCCAACAAAUGCUUUUCCUCCGAUACAGUGAUGACCAGCUGAAAAGCUGGAGACUUGUUCUGCACUUCCUUUUUGCUGUGGCACCAAAGUAUCUCGGGGACAAGGUCACCUAUCAGUAUACAAAUAGCGAAAUGCUGCAGAAAUCCCUGUCAUAUUGUCAAAAUGCCCUGAACAUUCUCUUUCUGCUCAACACGAUGCAUUUCCUCAAGACUGGCAGGAGUCCUUCAUUGGCAGAUUUUGUUCUGGGCCUGGAAUAUUGUGAUGCUGCAGGAAAAAAUCAGAGGAAUAUUGGGUAUUUUCACAUGACAAGGGAACUUCUGUGGGCUGGAUUUAUUGAGUUCAUUGGAAAUAUUCUGCCAUUCAUCAACUAUCACAAGCUCAAGAGACGCCUCCAUGGGAUUCUCGGGGAAAGGGCUUCAGUUCAUCAUGAAAAGACAAAAUUAACAGAGAAGACUCUUUGUGCCUUUUGCAAUGAACGUCCAACUCUUCCUCAUUCAAUCUCCUUCUGUGGUCACAUUUACUGCUUCUACUGUUUGAGAGGCAAUCUUGAUGCUGAUCCUGAAUUCAAAUGUAUUAUUUGUGGGGAAAGUGGAAAAGAAUUUGAGAAAGUGAGUGGUUUCCAUUAGUGAUUCUUUUUAGAGAGAACUAAGCAAUGGGAAAACGCUUUUGGAGAUAAUAAAUGCGGCAGGAAUGCAAUCUUUUAUAAAAUAAAGAUAUAUUUACCUAAGUCCAAUUUUCAAAA